UAUUACCCUUUAUUAAACUGAAAUUAUGCGGGCCUUAAGCAAUGGCAGAUAUCCAUAUUGGGCGCCUACCGGCUUGUUUCAUUAUUUCGUUACCGGUCCGCGAGAUCAUUUCAAUUGAUGUUACCUUCCCGUCUGGGUAAAAAGGUUGGGAACCACUUACAGUCGAUAUACAGGCACAUUGUUCUCAAUAAGAUAAUCCAACAGAAUAUACUGAUUUUUGAAAAUGCUUCACUUUUUUGAUCGUGGUGUCGCGAGUAUCUGUAGUCAUUGAUUUUACGAAAAUAGGGGUCACGGAAUAAUGGUUAGGACCUACUGCCGUAGGCCUACAGUGUAUUUACGAGGGGAAUAACAUUCAUUCGCAUUAUUAUCUCGGUACUAUAUACUGCUGUAGAUUGUACGGUAUAUUUACAGGUGAAUCCCCUGGUUGAGCAGACGGGUAGGCCUAUACUAUAUUCUGUAAACGAGCGUCACCCGAAAAACAAAGGACGUGAAAACUUCUGCAAUUCUGAAUACGGAAACCGAACUAGGUUUAAAUAUUAUUUAUUUUUUGUUAUAAAUGCUUAAUGUAUUGACCUUGAACUUGUAUCUGAACUCGAGAUACGCAAUGUCAGAAAGAUCUUGUUCGCAAUUUCCCGACGAUUUGACGGCUGGAACCGUUAUACAAGGAAAGAAUUUUGAUACUAUUCAUGAUCAGAAUGUCGUAGUUAUCAACAGCAGUGGUGAAGGUUCAGUAGUAGGUACAUAUAUAGCAGAAAAUGCAGAGACGAACCGUGUAAUCAAAGGUGGAUCCACCACUUUGGUUUUUGAUUCUAAUGGAGAACGCGAGAAUAUCAUUGCUGGGUUUCACCACCAUAGGUAGCUUCGAAGAAAACAAUAGUUGCCGUCAUUGAUCAAUUUUUUAUUUCUAUUUUGUUCAUUUUAUUUACGAGUAAUUGUUGCAGUUUUAUAAAAUUGAGUAUCUUUUUUUUUUUUUUGACAUAAUGGUUUUGAAUUUAUGUGUUCGGCCACGGGACAGGCACGUAGAUUUUCUUAGAUUCAGAACACUUUGUUCUACCUUGGCAAUUAAACUUUUCUGAAACAUGUUGCGUGAAAUCAAGCAUGACAGCCAAUGGCCAUGCCUCUCUUGCAAAAUAAACUUGCUUUUCAUGUUG